CCAAUUAAUUAAAAUUUACUUUAAAUUUGUUAAAAUGGUCGGUUGGAGCCGUUUGCUGUCGCCAGCGGCGCAAUUCGCCAACUACCGCGCCGUUCUGCAAGCGCCGGCUUGCCGGAAUGCGUUGCAGCAACAACUGCGCCGGAUGGGUGGUGAUCAUGGACACCACCACAUGACAGUAAAGCCAUCGCGCUUCCAAUGGGACAAAUUCAAGGAUCUGAUGCACUUUUACGUAAUGCUCGGCGUUGUGCCGAUCACAGCGUUGGUGCUCUACUCGAACAUCUUCGUCGGGCCUGCUCAGUUGGCUGAGAUUCCCGAGGGUUAUGUGCCCAAGCACUGGGAGUACGAGAAGCACCCAAUCUCGCGCUUUAUUUCCCGGUACAUUUUCAGCUCGCAGCAGCAGGAAUACGAGAAAGCCUUGCACAACUUGUUUGAGGAAAACGAGAAGGCUCAAAUCCGUAAACUCGAGAAAGAGGUUCGUCGAAAGAUGUCGGAGCGAAAUGAUUACCAGUCGUACUACUACCGCCCGACAGUAGCCAAGUAUCACAGAAUAUCCAAGGAGGCUGCUGAUGAGCUGGAAGCUCUGCGGGGCGAUUAGGCCAGCUCUUGGCUGGCUCUAACCACAUUUGGUCGACAAGUAAAUGAAAUGUAUAGGCCUCAAGUUGGGGAAAUAAAGUGUUGAAUUUGCAACA